UAUUAGGGGAGGGCUGGCUCUUAUUAAAGUGCGGAGCUCCAGUUUGGACCUUCCCUCGCCUCAAGUCAAGGAGACAGCCGCGUGCACCCGCGCUCGGUUAUUUGGCGGCCCCCCGCUGCUUCCCAGGCUCUCUAUCAACACCGCUCACUGAUCCGGGAACAGCAGUAGCAGCAGCUCCUCUCUCCUCGCUCAGCACCUCUUCAACGUGGUGCGCCCCUGACGCGCUCUCUUCAGUUCAGGAUGGACUCGUCUCCUUCUCUUCACCUUUCCCACUGACUGUGACGCUGCUGUAGUUUGGUGGGAGUUCCUGGGGAAGGGGCUGGAACUGAACCUCUGACCGCUGUUUCGCCUUUCCGCUGUUGUUUUUUUUUUUUUUUUUUUAAUUUGUGAUUGAACUAUCGUUGUGCACUCAUAUCCGGGAUCCGAAAUGGGAAUGUAUUUACAUCUGCUGUUUUUGCAGUACUAUUUCGUCUCGAGUUUCGUGUGCAACGCCAUCGCUUUCGUGGAGGAGCCCGCCGGAGGCAGGUCGGACGGGUACUGCGGGAGGAUCCUCCGGGCGCAGACCCAGGGGACCCGGAGGGAUGGGCACCAUGAGUUCAGACUCAGAGUGGAGGGGGACCCGGAAACCUAUCAGCCGGGAAGCACCUACAGAGUGGUCCUCCUGGCAACCAGUCCUGCUUAUUUCAGAGGUUUCACCCUCAUCGCGCUGAAGGAGGGCAGAGAGGGCACGACAGACGACGACUACACCGGCCAGUUCCAGAUCAUCGAUGAGGAGGACACACAGUUCAUGACAAACUGUGCCCCUGCAGUGACGGAGAGCACACCGCGCAGACGUACCAGGAUACAGGUCUUCUGGACAGCGCCUCCUACUGGGUCUGGCUGUGUUAUACUGAAGGCCAGUAUUGUCCAGAAGAGAAUCAUUUAUUUCCAGGAUGAAGGUUCUCUUACGAUUCGACUUUGUGAGAGAGAGCGUGUGUUCGGUGAAGCCACAGAAGCUCCUGCUAUCGAGUGCUGCGCCUGCGGAACAGCCAAGUACAGGCUCACCUUCUACGGCAACUGGUCAGAGAAAGUGCAUCCCAAAGACUACCCAAGGAGAGCAAACCACUGGUCGGCUCUUAUUGGUGCUUCUCACUCCAGAAGCUACGUGCUAUGGGAGUACGGAGGCUAUGCCAGUGAGGGCGUCCGUCAGGUCGCUGAGUUCGGCUCACCGAUAAAGAUGGAAGAAGAGAUUCGACAGAAGGGGGAUGAAGUGCUGACUGUCAUUAAAACUAAGGCUCAGUGGCCGGCAUGGCAGCCGCUCAACCUGCGAGCAGCUCCAUCAGCAGAGUUUUCUGUGGACCGAACUCGUCACCUGAUGUCCUUCCUCACCAUGCUCGGGCCCAGCCCAGACUGGAACGUCGGGCUGUCAGGAGAGGACCUCUGCACUAAGGAGUGUGGCUGGGUCCAGAGGCUGGAGACAGACCUCAUCCCCUGGGAUGCAGGCACUGACAGUGGUGUCACAUACGAGUCACCGAACAAACCCACCAUUCCUCAGGAGAAGAUCCGACCCCUGACCAGUUUGGACCACCCACAGAGCCCAUUCUAUGACCCAGAGGGAGGUGCAAUUACCCCUGUAGCCAGGCUGGUGGUGGAACGCAUUGCAAGAAAGGGGGAGCAGUGUAACGUGGUCCCAGACACCAUAGAUGACAUCGUAGCUGAUAUUGGACAGGAGGAGAAGGAGGAAGAUGAUACACCAGAGACGUGUAUCUACUCAGGCUGGUCUCCCUGGUCGGCCUGUAGCAGCGCCACGUGCGAAAAAGGCCGCAGGAUGAGGCAGAGGAUGCUGAAGGCCCAGCUGGACCUCAGCGUACCUUGUCCCCACACUCAAGAUUUCCAGCCGUGCAUGGGGCCAGGAUGCAGUUUGGAGGAGCCAUCGACGUGUAUGAUGUCAGAGUGGAUCAGCUGGUCGGCCUGCAGCGUGUCCUGUGGAAUGGGGAUGAGGUCUAGAGAGCGAUAUGUCAAACAGUAUCCUGAGGACGGCUCGCUCUGCCAGCUCCAGACUGAGGAGACAGAGAAGUGUGUCGUCAAUGAUGAAUGCUCACCCAGCAGCUGUGUGGUGACUGAGUGGGCUGAGUGGGACCCCUGCAGCGUCACCUGUGGGUUGGGGAUGAGAAGACGUGAGCGCAUGGUGAAGAUGCCUCCUAUAGACGGAUCGAUGUGUAAGACUGACGUGGCCGAAGUGGAGAAAUGCAUGAUGCCAGAAUGCCACACAAUCCCCUGCAUGCUGUCACCCUGGUCUGACUGGAGCGAGUGCAGUGUGACGUGUGGGCGAGGCGUACGGACACGUCAGAGGAUGCUGAAGUCUGAUCCUGCAGGGUGCACAGAGGAGCUGGAGCAGACAGAGAAGUGCAUGCUGCCCGAGUGCCCCGUUGACUGCAUGGUCUCUGAGUGGUCCGAGUGGUCCGAGUGCAACAAGUCCUGCGGUAAAGGACACACUAUCCGUACCCGUAUGAUCAAACUGGAGCCGCAGUUUGGGGGCAGCGCUUGUCCCGAGACUAUCCAGAGGAAGAAAUGCAAGAUCAGGAAGUGCCGAACGAAAACAAAGGAGGAGAGAGGAGGCGGAGGAGGAGGAGGUGGAGGAGGAGGAAAGAGGAGGAGACGGGGUAAACAGGGAAGAGAUGCAGCGGCCGAGGAGCAGCCAGCAGGUUGCAGGAUGCAGCCGUGGACCAACUGGACGGACUGCACCAAACCAUGCGGAGGGGGGAUCCAGGAACGUUUCAUGAUGGUGAAGAAAAGAGCCAAAGGCAAUCAGAUGGCCAGCUGUAAGGACAGGAAGGAGAUCCGUGCCUGUAACGUUCAUCCCUGCUAGGGGGCACUACUGAGCUACAGAGUGGGGGGAGCAGCAGGUUAAAUAUAUGAAAAAAUGGGUUUAUUUGAUUAAGAUGAUGAUGAGGAACAUUUUGUGUACAAGGUGGUGAGGUGAGGGUGAGAUGACGAGCUAAUUUGAUACUUAAAAAGGAGAUGUGAGUUUUGGCAAGUAGAGGGGAAGGGAGGAGGAGAAUAAGAGAAAGUGAUAAUAUGCUGUUUAGUAAAGCCAAUGUAGGCAUUUAGUUAACAGGGCUGACAUUUACUUUAGACCACAAUGGAAGUAUUAGAGAGUAAUGUCUGUGUCCUGCAAAAAAAAGAAAUUACUACAGUAGCUUUCCCAUAGAUGCAAAUUUCAUGUGUUUACAGUAGUUUUGCUUUCUCUGGAAUACACGUUAUAUGGUGGUAUAAGUGUGAGGGGCUAACCUGGGGCUUCAACAUCGAGUGUGCUACUUUUUUCCAGCUUUUCAGACUAAUAAAUACACACUAGAAACCCACAAUAUGUGAGGAAAAGUAAUAUUCUCAUACCUAUUUUCCUUAUUUAACAGAGAAAUACAACUGUACCUUCAACGUUUUCUUGGUCACGGAAGAGUGACAAGGUUUAAUUGCCUCAUUAACUCAUCAUAAAAAACACUUUAUUUAAACUUUACCAAAACAAAAUAAAACUCGUCUUGGUUACUCUUUCUAGUAAUCUAGUUAGUAAGUCCACUGUUUCAACAAUAUCCAGCUCUCAAAACUUGAACAUGUACCCACCUUACACUACACCACUGGAAGCUCCCUCCCCAAAAAGUUCCUCAUAAUUUGAAAAUAAUGGACUAAUUUUGGAGCCUAUGGAAUAAUUGAAGUCGCCAGCUGUAGCUAAAAUCAUAAACAGACAAAACUGAAGAUGUAGGAUUUCUUACUCCUUUUUUUUGCAAGACAUAGAUGCUCCUAAAGGAAGUCUCUAAAGACUUAUGGAUGUACUGUAUAACUAUCUAACCAACACUUAUAAAUGACACUACUAUAUAAGUACUAAAAACCACUUUCCCUAAUAAACAGAUACAUUUAAAUGGAGAUGUUUUAUACUGUUAAAAUUAGUCUUUAUAUACUGUAAUGCUGUUUAUCUGUUGUUUCAGCUGAUGUAGCAUUAAACCUGCGAUAGCUCUCAAUUCUUCUUUUAGCAUGUGCAUAGAUUAUGUUCGAUUGGACAUUAAGCUUUCUCUGCCAUAGAUGUUGUCUUAAAACUGAUAGCUAAAUGACUGUAUCUGCCUUUGUUGGUUCCCGAAAACACAAACGGACAGAGCCAAGUGUCACGUCUUACUCAUGUGCUGUUCUGCACUGGUGCAGAGUUGUGGCUGUAAAAGAGAUUUGUAUGGAAAACACUGCAGAAGUUUCUACAGUAUUCAAAAAUGUAGGACAGCUCAACAUGCAGUAGACUGUUACUGGGGCCUUGAUUACAACACACUUUAUUUUCUUGAUUGUUUUUAUUGUGCUUUUCAUUGUGCUGCCAUAAUGAGAGUGAACUGCAACAUCUUUUUUAUUUUUAUUAUUACUUCACAGGUUAUGUUUUUUAGUUUUAAUAAGAAUGUCAUCACCAAAGUUCUACUUUCUGUAGAUUUUUUUUUACUUCCUUGCCUUCACUGUUUUCUGUUUCCAGGCCUCUUUCUUUAUUUCUUUGCCUCUGUAUCAUGUGACUAUUUUCUAAGAAAUCACCUUUACAAUAAAAAAUGUAAAUGUGAUAAUCA